AUGACCGAGAUCACGGGAGAGUGGAAUACCUUGAGCCAUGCAGAGAAAGUGGCUGCUACAGAAGACUACCUGCAUGAGCUUGAUAAACUCCGAGAUAUGAAGGCAACGGCAAGGCACAACAUGCCCCUUAAUGCAUUCCAAGAUGCUCGCACUGCACUGAACAGUAUUCAGAAUGAGCUGGAUGCACUCAGUCAAUGCACUGGCACCGAAACCCUCCUCUUCGCGGUCCAUUCAAGUACUGAUCAAUACAACCAACCAUUUGUCUACCACAGCAACGAACGCCUGGCGCAGUUUUUUCAUAUGGCUACGAAGAUGGACAUUCUCACUUUCGCAAUCAAGAUGGAGGCAUUCGGUAUCUCAGGGGUGGAAGGGGUCGUGAUGAACCAUGUGCAGGAGGUACUCGAACUGAAGAGGAAGACGGCCGCAUUGAUCAAUCAGAAGCUCAAUGACAUUGCACCUAUGGGCCCCGUGAAGAUGUGGUACAAGGGUUUUGAUGACAGAAUCACUGUGUGUCAUCGUGUCACGGUGGAGAACUGGCCCCUUUUGAAGUUCAUCAGUCCCGGCGAUGUCACCUUGAAGAACGAACUUUAA